AUGCCUCCGAUAUAUGUGAAAGGAGGAGUGUGGACGAAUGUCGAAGAUGAGAUCCUCAAGGCUGCCAUCGCAAAAUAUGGUCUUAAUCAAUGGUCUCGCGUAUCUUCGUUACUCAGUAAGAAAACUGCUAAGCAGUGCAAACAGAGAUGGGAAGAAUGGCUUGAUCCAAGGAUCAAGAAGAUGGACUGGGAUAAGAAAGAGGAUGAGAAAUUAUUGAGGAUGAUCAAGUUGAGACCGAAUCAAUGGAACUCGAUUGGAAUUCUUAUGAACAGGACGGUAAAUCAAUGCAUUGAGAGAUAUCAGCAGUUACUCAGUGACACGAUGGAGGGAGAGUCUACGGAUAAUGAUCUAAGGAUGGUUGGUAAUUUUGUGAGCAAGAAUUCCGAUGGAGAGUUGAAUUUAAAUGCAGAAAGCAAACCAGCACGGCCGGAUUUAGAAGAAAUGGAUGACGACGAAAAGGAGAUGUUGAGUGAAGCACGAGCCAGAUUGGCCAACACCCAAGGUAAGAAAGCCAAAAGAAAGGCACGUGAAAGGAUGCUUGAAGAAAGUAAGCGGAUUUCGUUGCUGCAGAGACGACGGGAGUUAAAACAGGUGGGUAUUAACACCAGGAUCAAGAACAAGAAGAAGUAUGCUACACAGAUGGAUUAUAAUGCCGAUAUAGCUUUUGAGAGGAGACCCGCUGAAGGACGGUUUGAUAUUAGUGAAGAGCUGGUGAGAAAUGAGACCGAGAAGGUAAACUUUGACCGAUCCACUAACCAGAAAGGUACAACAAACCAGGAAACAGCAAAGCAAAAGAAAAAGGAGAAACGGCAGAGACACGUGAUGCAGAAAGGAAGUAGCAGCGUGAAUAUAGAAGGUAAGGAGGAGUUGUAUGAGGAAGAAAAUGAAGAAAGCAUUAGUAAGAGGCCUAAAUUGAUAUUAGCUGAUGCCAAUGAAGAAGGAAAUGAAGAAGAAGAAGCGGAAGACAUUGACGAUAGAAUAUCAAAAGCCACCAGACGGAUUGACAGCAAAACUAAGGAAAGGUCUAUAUUAUUUCGCAAGAGGAACGUUGAAGAUGACACUUUAGUCAAGCCAGAGAUAAAGAGAGUCAAGGUGGGAGAAAAACGGAUUUCAGAGAGGAAGUUGAAGAAAAUAAGGAAAAGAGAGCUUGCAAAGAAGCUCGAACAGCUACCAAAGCCUAAGAACAACUAUGAAUUGAUAGAAAGAUCUUCAAAUGUGCUAACAGAGAAUGUUGGGAUAUCUGACUAUAAGAGAUAUGUUGAUUUCGGAGAGGUGGAAUCUGAGAAGGUUAGAAAAGAGCAGGCUAGGAAAGAGCUAAUUGUGGAAUUAACUACAUCCCAAGCUGUGAAACUUCAACUACCAAUACCAAGAAUACGAGAAGAGGUUAGGAAGAAGUUUGUCAAAGAUAACGUCAGCAGAGAAAUGGUGGACAUGAUCGAAAAGGAUUAUAAACAACAAGUAUUGAAGAAGGAUGUGAAAGAACAUUAUGACUUCGAUCCUGAGAAGGAGCAGAAAGUAAGAAAACAAGUUGAGAGGAUGAUUGCUGAGGAAGGAGAGUCUUCAGAGUACACGAAAACAGUAUUAGAGGAUAAAAUCGAUACAGAGGUGGAUGUAUCACUAUUGAUAGAGUUGAUCAAAUCAGAAUCGAAAGUAUCGGGAAAUCUACAGGAACAGUUUGAAUCUGUGGUGUCAGAUCAUUUAAAAGAGAGCCAAGAAAUGACAGAUUCUCUCAACGAGAAAGUGAACAAAUUACGACAGCUAGAUCAAGACGUUGAAACAUUUCGAAUACUAGCCAACGAGGAAGAUGCGGCCAUAGCUGUGAGGUCCCAAAGACUACAAAACGGCAUUGACAGGAUGAAUGAGAUAAUCAGCGAAUCAAGAGAGACAUUAUUGGAAUAA